ACCGGUGAUUAGAGUGAAUCAAGUUGUUACUUCUUAUCAAGUGUUGUUUAAAAAUUUUUUCACUUGCAUUUUAUUCUAAGUGUCUUUUUCUUAUUACUCAAGUUAAUUCAAAUUACUCUAAUAUCAUAAUUUGAAUUUUUUAAUAUCAAUUUGUGAGCUGUGGAAUAUGUCAAACCCAAAUGCUUUAGCAGAGAAAGAAAAGGGUAAUCAAUUUUUCAAGGAAAAAAACUAUGAAAGUGCUGUUAAUUGUUACUCUAAAGCAAUAGAAUAUGAUCGAACCAAUCAUCUUCUUUACGGCAAUCGAUCUCAGGCUUACUUGAAUCUCAACAGACCAGAUGAAGCGGUAAAAGACUGCAAUCAAGCUUUAAAACUAGAUUCCAACUAUGUGAAAGGUUAUCUCAGGAGAGGAACUGCUUUGAAAAUGUUGAGUGACUAUGAAAAGGCACUGACAGACUUCAAAAAAGUUCUCCAACUAGAACCAAAUAAUAAACAGGCGCUCAAAGAAGUCCAAGAUAUUAAUGAACUUUUAUCACCUAAAAAAGCUGGCCUUAUUGAACCAAUCUCGUCCAGUGAUACUUUUUACUCAAACAACAAACAAAUUGAAACACUUCCAUCCGGUGAUGAGAAACAAUCAAAUCGCCUUAAUGUAAGACCAAGUUCCAAGAAAAGCCUUCCCAUUUCGAAUCGGGUUAUUAACAGGAUACCAAUAAACACCUUUGAAUUCUAUUGUGAUUGGAGAGAACUUUCAACUGAUUCCACCAAAUUAAAUUACAUUACCAACAUUGGAGUAACCAAGAUGAGAGAAAUAUUUCGUGACUCUAUGGAGCCUUUCGUCUUUUGCGACCUUCUGAGAAUACUGGCUUCUUGUGAAGAUAUUGCCUUUCGAUCAAAUAUGUUACUUGAACUGUCCAAAAUAGAAAAAUUUGCAACUUUGGUUCUAUUUUUAGAGAAACAUGAAGAAAAAUAUCUCAAAGAUCUCAUUGUCGAUAUGAAGAGUUGUUUAAGUGAGGAUGAUAUGAACACUUUCAUUGGAAGAAUUGGCAAAAAAUACAUGUUAUAAACAUUCAUGUCUUUAAUUUAAAUAUUGUUUAAAUUCCUCUAGAUACAAAAUGUACAUUUCAUAAAUUUAAAAUGUCUUCUCAAGCAUUUUAAUUAUGACCAUUUCAAUUAUUGCAAAACUCAAUUUAAUAAAAUGUAAAUGCUAUCUACUUUGAAAAAGGUAA